CGGAAACCAAUUUCGGAAGCGUCAGGUUCACUCUUCUCUCCCCUUUGAGGCCAAUAGCUUCUAAAUGGACCCUUCAGAUCUCUACGUCAGUCGCUCAACCAUCAAGCCUCACCCACUACGUCCUUACUACACUCCAGGUCUAGUCCCCAAUUACACCUCCAUUACCACAAAUGCUUCAUCCUCAACUCCAUCCAGCCUUGGCUCAGAAGCAGUCGGCUCUAAUGCUCACCAGACUCUUAAAGAGUACGCUCGUUUUGCCGGCCUUAAAUUCAUGACGACCGCUGUGUUAGGUCCUUUUGAGACAGGAAAGACCCUCUUACAAGUACAAUAUUUACCGCAUGAAGAUAUAGAAGUCGUGGCUCCGCUGGCAACAGUCGUUCCAAACCCGGUAGCUGAGAGUCGCCAAAAUGACUUUUACUCGUCGUCAGAGGAAGAUGAAGACGAUAGCUUUUUCACACCCAAUGUACACUUGCGAAAGGCAAACCACAAUGGCAGUAACCGAUCGAAGCUGCCAAGAUACAAUAGCUCUUACACCGUCAGAAGUGUAUAUGAUGAUACCGCGCGACCUGCCCAUCAACUAGCCCCGAUUCAAGGCGGUAUACUGGAUGCUAUGAGAGCGUUGAUCAACAACCCUAGUGAAGGAUGGCGGGCAUUGUUCAAGGGUCAAUAUACAGGCUGGCUCCAUGGAAUGCUCCUAUUGAUUUUACAGCCUGCCAUUGAGGGUUCCUUGAACGACCUGUUCGACCUUUAUGAUGACACCAUUCCUCUCAUUCACUUGGAACGUAUUGGUCCUAAUCUUGCCACCCUGUUGGGAAGCCAUAUUCUUGUAGGCGUAUUUUUGAGCCCUCUUGAAAUUGCUCGAACACGUCUCAUUGUUCAAUCAUCCGCCCCUGGUGUUAAGACAUACAAUGGUCUGCUCCAUUGUUUAAGCAGUAUGCUACAAAAUGAAGGAGGCUUAAGAGGUGUCUACUUAUCUCAAAAUUUGAUACCCACCAUUUUAUAUCACUUGAUUACUCCGCUUGUGUCCAGCACGGCUCCUUUGAUCAUUGACCGACUAUUUCACGUAACCGCCUCCGAUGCGCCUAUCGUUUAUGGUUUGGCUGAGCUAGCCUUGAGUACCCUGGAGGUCCUAAUUACUCUCCCCAUUGAAACCAUCCGCAAACGCAUUCAAUGCCAAGUUCGAUUUAAGGAUGGAAGACCUUUCAACACCUGUGUCGCCACUCGUCCCGUCCAUUACACUGGAUUUUUAGACGCUAUGUACAAGGUGAUGAAGGAAGAGGGAAGCUCUGCAAGCGGACGAAAGCCCGCCAAAGAUGAGGAAUCUGCUAAAAAGGCUGCGGGAUGGGGUCUUCAAGGCUUGUAUAAAGGAUUUAGCAUCCAAUGUGCAUCCAAUGUUCUAUCAAGUUUGGGGCAUACGCUGAACGGUAUUGAAGAUGAUUUAACCAAGUAGAUAUUUCAAAUGCUGAUAGAAGUUCAAUUUUUUGUACCUUUAUUCUUUGCUAAGAUUGGGAUAAAAUUACCAUAUUCAGAAAGCAAAUCUUUGACGGCGUGCCGGGCA